UUCCCGUUCCGCCCUGCACUUAUAUAUAAGCGAAGCAUAGCAGAAGCUGACAGCGGAUAGUGUGCACUGGAGUAUAAGAAACUAACGUGGUGUUCCGAGGCUGUAUAUCUGCAAAGAGAUGACAACAUUACUACAGUGUGCUCUGACCACCUUUAUCCUUAUUCUGGAGACUGUUGACAGUGUACCCACAUACCAGUGGGCAGAUCAUGUGAGUGGGGAGCAGCUUACCUGCCAGCAGUGUCCGCCAGGGUCCUUUGUGGUCAGACACUGCACUAGGCAAACCGAUACACAAUGCCAGCCAUGCCAAGAUCUACACUACACUCAGUAUUGGAAUUAUCUGGAACGCUGUCGGUUUUGCAACGUGUACUGUGGGGAGCUUGAGAGAGUGAAAACUGAGUGCAAUCAAACCCAAAACCGAGUUUGUGAGUGCCAGCCAGGGUACCAUCGUGAUUCCCAGUUGUGUGUCAAACAUACAAAGUGUGGCCCAGGAUAUGGAGUGUCAAAGGAAGGUACCCCUGACUCAGACACAGAAUGCAUAAAAUGCCCAAAGGGAACUUUCUCUGCACAGAACUCCAUGAGUCAGCGAUGUCAACCCCACCAAAACUGCUCUGACCUUGGACUAAGAGUAAAUGUGCCUGGAACUCCUUCUCACAAUACUGUGUGCACCAAUUGCAUUUUCCCCUUCAACUCUGAGAAAAUUGAUGGAGAGUGUGAUAAGGCAGUCCUGGAUUUUGUGACCCACCAGAAGCUUUAUACUCGCCACCUUCAGCGCUUACGGAAAAUCUUAAGGAGGAAAUAUUGGAAUAAGAAACAGUCACAACUACACUUUCUACUAACUUGCCUCAGGGACUCUUACCCUGAACAGCCCUUUCUACCCAAGCUAUUGGAGGUCCUGAAAAAAGCCAAACUGCACAGACUAGAGCAGCAGUUAAAGCAAAAGUUCCUGCAACAAGAAGCCUCCUAGCCGAGUAAAGAAUGACAUGGUGCUAUUGUCUUGCCCUCCAUUUCAGCAUCUCCACUGCCAAAGAUGUUUCUCUUAGCCAAUUUUUUAUGUCCACUUCUUGUCAUCUCCUUUUUAUUUUGGCCCUGAGAGUGUGCAGCGUAAAUUAAUUCAUAGUUGAAUAUUUUGUCUCAUACGCUUAUUGAACUGUAAGAUUAUUUGUAAUAUUUAACAAAUAUUCCUUAAUAUUAACCAAAGAUAGCCACUGGAUAACAGGAGCGACUAUAAUUGUUCAGUACUAAGUCUAGUGAUAUCCAAGUCCUUUUUAUUAUGUAUUCGGCUUCACAAGUAGUCCUACUUACUGCACAAAUAACACACAAUGGUUGAAUUUUUAUAUUUUAAUAGCAUAAAUAAAAUCAACAAAUUAGCACAUCAGGUGUAACUAUUUUACUAAUAUCUAGUACCAACAGCAGAUUAGAUAUAACCACAGACAACAAAAUUAUGUAAAAAGAAACAAUAACGAUACUUAAUUCAGCAAAUAGGAGAUAAAGAAAUAUCAAUGUAACUAGACAAGGUUUACUGUUCUAUAAAGUGAUUACUAAUUUAUUGUAUCUCGGUUCUUUUUACAAAAAUGCAAUUGCAACAAAUUUUCUAUAAAUUUUAUGACAAAGCAUUAGAAUAUUUAUUAGACAAAAACAUUUGCCUUAAUUGAUUUACCUUAUUAGCUCAAUGCACAAUUUAUCAAGUCUAUGGUUAUCAUUUAUUAAUAAUAUAUUUUUGUUACGGUAUUAUUCACUCAAUUAUACCCAUGGCAAGAUCAAUUGUUGCAUUUAAUUAAUUUAUUUUAACUGCAAUAUAGGGAUUACACAAUUUAUUAUGUCCACUUAGUACUGUUCUAUGCAAACCAAAUGAAUAUGCUAACUAAGAGAAUUAACUGUAUUCUCUGUUAAGUAAUUUGUAUCCUUUCUGCAGGUAAGAAUACAAAUUUACUUAAACUACAUAGGUUUAAAGAAACCACAAUUAAUUUGGUCUGAUGUCCCAGAUACUGAAGUUUAAAUGACUGUAGGCAAUAUUACUUAUGGGAAAGCAACCAUACUUUACCAACCAGCAGUGAGGGCUUUGGACAGGAUAAAGCAGGUUCUGGUAAUUGGUCAGAAAUGGAGAAGAUGAGUGAGAACCCUCCUGGUGUGAUGGUACAGGAUAUUGUAAAUUGGAUGCCUCUCUAUCCAUCGUUAAGUAGACUCUAUACUAGAUAUGUCUUAAUUUCCAUAAGAUCAGCCUAGUGUGUGUACAUAGGGCUGUUCCCUCUCUAAUAAGCCUCUUUUUCUAUAUAUUAACUGUGUGUUUAACUAAGAAUUUGCUUCACCUGUCCAAUAGGUGUCAUCAUAGGAUUGAAUAUCCCUCUGUGUAUUCUUUUUAGGAUAUUAAAUUAUUCCAGAAUUCUUAUUAAGUAAUUCUUAUUCCAGAAUUCUUAUUAAGUAAUGUUGUAUAUAAUGUUGGGAGAUUGAAUAAACAUAUAUUUUGGUCUAUA